AUGCGGCAGUCCCUCCUCUGGACGCUCCUGCUGCUGCAGGGCGUUGCGGUCAACUGUGUCGAUCCUGUGACCACCGACGAUGUGAUCUACUCGAGUCAGAAUGCCCGGGAACGGUUACCCGGAGCCGACCUCGUCGACGCCGCGCUUGCGAAACUCUCCUCCAUCCCCAGCCAACCAUACCACAAACAGCGACGACAGACGGGCAUGUUCGCGACUGCACUGCGUUUCGUCUUGAAAGCCGCCCCGAGCUUCUCGAUGCGGGGUCCACCGCCACAACAGUCCCAGCAGUCGUCGUCACAACACCACCAGUCGGCGUCCGCUAGCAAGGCACUCCCUGCACCGCUGGGCGAAGCCGUCGGCCUGCUCGAGGAGUCGUCGGCGCGCUACAACAACCCCGACGCCCUCUACCUUCUCGCCCAGAUGAACUACUUUGGCAACUACACACACCCGCGCAACUUCCCCGCCGCCUUCGACUACUACCUCCACCUCGCCGACAGCCACGGUAACAGCUCCGCCAUGUACAUGGUCGGCCUCAUGUACUCCACUGGCAUCGGCGGCGCCGUGGAGCCCGACCAGGCCCGCGCCCUGCUCUACUACACAUUUGCCGCCCUGCGCGGCCACACCCGCGCCGAGAUGACGGUCGCCUCGCGCCAUCACGUCGGCGUCGGCACGCCCCGUAGCUGCGACGAGGCCGUCAAGUACUACAAGCGUGUCGCCGACAAGGCCAUUGCCUGGUACCGCUCGGGCCCGCCGGGCGGCAUGGGCUGGGUGCAGCAGCCGUACCGGAUUGCCGACGAGGUGGGCGGCGUCUACGGCGAGGGCGCGAGCGCUGUCAGUUCUGGCAUCAACGCGCUGCGCGCACAGCCGCACUCGGAUGCCUAUGCGUCGAUUGAGGACAUCAUCGAGUACCUCGACCUCAUGGCGCAAAAGGGCGACUUCAAGGCGGCGCUCAAUGUGGGCCGCAUCUACUACGAGGGCCAGCGCGGGCUCGACCGCGACAUGACCAUGGCGCGCAAGUAUUUCCUCAUGGUGGCGAGCAAGUUCUGGAAAAAGGACGGCCGCACCGUGGAGAGCCCCAAGGUCGGCCUGGACAAGACGGCCGGCAAGGCCGCGGGGUACCUGGGCCGCAUCAACAUGCGCGGCGACGGGCUCGAGGAGCCCAACUACGAGCGCGCGCGCAGCUGGUUCGAGCUGGGCAUUGCCCAGGGCGACGCGCAGUCGCAGUACUACAUGGGCCUCAUGCUGCUGCACGGCUACGGCGGCAACCCCAAGAACAUUGCCAAGGCGACGGAGCUGUUCCGCGCGGCGGCCGAGCAGGACUACGCGCCGGCCCAGGUGGAGAUGGGCGUGCUGCACCUGGACCAGGGCCAGCCCGACGACCUGCGCGUGGCCAACGACUACUUUGAGCUGGCCGCGCGCUAUGCCAACAUUGAGGCCUACUACUACCUGGCCGAGAUGAUCCACCACGGCGUGGGCCGCGACAAGGCGUGCGCGCCCGCGCUGACGUACUACAAGGGCGUGGCGGAAAAGGCAGACCCCCUGGUGUCGUCGUGGACCGAGGCGAACCAGGCGUACGAGUCGGGCGACUACGAGCUGGCGCUCCUGGAGUACCUGGUCGCUGCCGAGCAGGGCUACGAAAAGGCGCAGAACAACAUUGGCUACAUGCUGGACCCGCAGCAGUCGAGCCUGCGCCUGCCCUCGUGGCUGGCGUGGCCGUGGUCGUGGUCGUGGUCGUCUUCGUCUUCGUCGUCGUCCACGUCGUCGCUGAGUGGCAAGCAAGGGCUGCUGGACAACCCGGCCCUGGGCCUGAUCCACUUUACGCGGUCGUCGCGGCAGAGCAAUGUGGACUCGCUCGUCAAGAUGGGCGACUACUACCUCAACGGCAUUGGCACGGACAAGAACAUUGACAAGGCGGUGCAGUGCUACACGGGGGCGUCCGAGUACCACCAGAGCGCGCAGGCGCUGUACAACCUGGGGUGGAUGCACGAGAACGGCGUCGGGCUCGACCAGGACUUCCACCUGGCCAAGCGGUACUACGACAUUGCGCUCGCCACCAACGAGGAGGCGUACCUGCCCGUGACGCUGAGUCUGCUCAAGCUGAGGAUCCGGAGCGCGUGGAACACGCUGACGCACGGGUCCAUCAACUCGAUCCAGGACGAGCCGGCGCCGGCGCGGUCGUGGUCGUUCCGGCAGUGGGUGGACACGUUUGUGAACAGCGGGCGGUAUGCGGACGGCGACGAGGACCUGUACGACGACCUGUACGACGACGACGGGUACAUGACCGUGGACGGCGACGGGCUGGACGACGGCUUUGACGAGCUGGACGAGCUCAGCUUCCUCGAGCCGUUUGUCAUUGUGGGCCUGAUUAUGGCCAUUCUGUUCUUGCUGUACUACCGCCAGCAGCGGCAGCAGGCCGCGCAGCGGGCGCGCGAGCAGCAAGAGGAGGACGAGCGCAACCGGCGGCAGCAACAGCGGCAGCAACAACGGCAACAGCCAUUGCAGCAACAACAACAACAGCCAAACGGCUUCGCAGGCGGCAUGUUCCCUGCGCCUGGUGACCCUGGCCAAUUUGAUUGGCUAGCCGGCGGUGUUGGUCACUGA